AUGACGAUCACCUGGAACGAGAAGGCCGAUGCCAAGUUGCUGGCUGGCAUACUUGCUACCAGCUCCACUCCCAUCGAUUUCAAUGCUCUCGCCGAGUACAUGGGCGACGGAGUCACCGUCUCUGCUCUCCGCCACCGGGUCGCUCGCCUUCGGGCUAAGGGUGAGGAGGAUGAUAAUGCUAGCCCUUCUCUUUCGCCCGUUGUGAAGAAGCGUCAGCGCCGUACUCCGAAGAAGUCUGCCCAGACCACUGCUACUGCCGAGUCUGGCGGAGAGGGCGGAGCUACCAAGGACGAGGAAAACCAGGCUGAGGAUGCGAAGGCCAAGAAGCCCAAGAUCAAGCACGAGGAAACCGAGGAUUAUUUCCCUAGCUCCGAAUCCAUCAAGGAGGAGGAAGAUUCUGACAUCUAA